AUGAUGCUGGGGGCAUUCUGGCAAACCUACCAAGCAACAAACCCGGGACAUCCAGUCUUUUCCACCCCCUUUGAUCUUAAAGGAUGCGUGCCAAUUUUUCUUCAUGGUGAUGAAGGCCGUGGCCUUGCCAGAAGACCCUUUAUGGUUUUGAGUUGGCAAACAGUCAUAUCCCACCAUGGUCCUGGUGUUUGCAACGACUCAACGCACAGCUUCACAACUCGUUUUCUCUUCUCGGCCAUCUCCGCCAGCCUGUAUGAUGGAGAUCGGUCUCUUGAUGAUCUCCUGGAUGAGUUUGCUACAGAGCUGAUUGACAUAGCUGGCAUCCGCCUGCGCAUCGUUUGCAUUGGAGCCAAAGGAGUGGGAAAACCCAUCAAGUUCCGCAGCUUGGCGGAGGCGUACGAUACCGGCCUAGUCAUCGCUUGGCUGGAGGAUGAUCUCCAUGUAGAAAGCGUGGCAUUCGCAAACUUAGCCGGCAAAGCUUUCUCACGUGAGCUGAAGCUCUACAAGUACCGCCCAAAGUUUCACCUGGGGACACACCUUGCCCUAGACCUUGAGGGCGAGAUCUAUGAUGUGGAACCUCCCAGCGAUGACAACGAGAGACGGAGGUUAUGGACCACGCUGGAGGAAGUCACCGCUCGAAGACGACUCUGUCGCCAGUUGUUGAAAAAUAUUCAAACAGCUUUGCAAUGCAGCGAAGUCCUUCAGGCGGGCCUGGCCCAUGUCUUUCAAGGGCCACUGAUGGAUGCUUUGAAGACAGCGCUGAAGGAACCCCAGAAGGUGGGGGUGUCCCUCUUCGGUACAGCCAUCGACAUCGUGUCCAGCAUCAUUCAAGACGACCCUUCUCGUGUUCCCCAGAUGAUCGAAUCGGGUGUGCUGCCGGGUAUUCUGGCGGCCCUCAACAAAGAAACCCUCAGAAGUGCUGAAUGCCUUUCUUUCGUGCCCGGUGUGUUGGCAUCCAUCGCCUUGCACGCUGUGGGUGAAGACUUUCUCCUCAAUUCGCCAUCGAAGCCUAUUCAACUCCUAACGGAGAUUUUGGUUGACACCAACUAUGCACCGCUGUUGCAUUCUCAGCCUGAGAUUGCGCAGAUCAUGAGUACGCAGGUGGACAAGGUGCUGCGCAAUCGACCCAGUGGGCCUAGCAAGCUCACUGAACAUGUGGUGGAGUGCAUGCUCUCAGCCAUGAGGGGCGUCAUUGAGGAAGCAAAGGCAUAUCCAGAUUGGACUCCCUUGGACCUCCAGGACCACACGCAGUAUUUGGCAGACCGGCUGGCGCCAUUCAGUCGAUUUUGCUGGUCCAUCUUGCAGACCAACGAACAGACCUUGAAAGCCUUCCUAGAGAAGAAGGGUUUAGCCUUGGUACGACAGCUGCAAGAAUUGCCCU